CAUGUUUUAGGCUCACUCCGUGAUACGAGUCCGUCGAGUCAACACUAAUUGUAAAAUGCAAAAUAUUUUAUUUCUAGUAUAUUUAACGUACUACAUAUUUAUAAUAUAGAUAAUAUUUGUUUACUAUAAUAGUGCAAGAUAUGUGAUAAGUCAAAUAUAUUAUUUUAAGUGCGCAACAACGAAGUAAAAUGAAGUGAUAAACAAAGAUGUUUAAUUUUUAUUACAAUAUUAGUGAAUCUACAAUAUAGAGAUCAUGGCAUCCUUAAGUAAUGCAUCAAUUAAUGAAUCUGUUUUAAAUAAUACUGGAAAUAAUUUCUUUGUAACAUUUUACGAUGUGGACAAAAACAGAUAUAUAAACGACACGGGAAAUUACACAGAGGAGUACCAACCUUUCAUGUUACCAGUAGGACGACAGGUGCUAUGGUCAAUUCUGUUCUGCAUAAUUGUGGUAGCUGCAACACUCGGCAACUUUGUCGUCAUCUGGAUAGUUGCUGGGAAUAGAAGAAUGAGAACUGUCACUAAUUACUUACUAGUGAAUCUUUCUCUGGCCGACGCAAUGAUUUCCACACUAAAUGUUACAAUAAACUUCGUCUAUAUGCUAUACAAUCACUGGCCAUUCGGAUACUUUUACUGCAAAUUCAAUCAAUUUGUUGCGGUCGUCAGCAUUUCUGCUUCGGUUUUUACACUAAUGGCCAUAAGUAUAGAUCGGUAUAUGGCAAUAGUUAACCCUUUGCGGCCGAGACUUGGCAAGAGAGCUACACUGGCUAUUAUGACAGCCAUUUGGGUGGGCAGUGCUGUCAUCGGCAGCCCAAAUCUUGUCUAUUUCACAACAGACUUUGACUAUUUGCCUGAUGGUAGUGUGAGAGAAGUGUGUUACUCUGAGUGGCCUGACGGAUUGACUACAAGAUCUGAAAUCGAAUAUAUUUACAAUGUUAUAUUUAUGAUGGUGACUUACUUUAUUCCAAUUAUUGCCAUGACGUAUACAUACGCUAGGAUAGGUAGAGAGCUGUGGGGCUCUAAGUCUAUAGGAGAAAGCUCUCAACGCCAAGCAGAUAAUGUGAAAAGUAAAAGACGUGUUGUGAAGAUGAUGAUUGUUAUCGUAGUAAUAUUCGCGGUGUGCUGGCUACCAUUUCACGUUUAUUUUAUCGUCACCUCGAAUUAUCCUGAAAUAACGAAUUAUCCUCCCAUACAAGAGAUAUACCUCGCCAUAUAUUGGCUAGCGAUGAGUAAUUCAAUGUUAAAUCCAAUUAUACUCUAUUGUAUGAAUUUUAAAUUUAGAAGAGGAUUUAGACAAUUCAUAAGAUGUUGUUGCGCAUUUGGUGACAAAGACGCGCGUAGACAGGGCAUGUAUGAAUUGCAACAUCUGGACAGAUCGCUCCACUCAUAUUCACCUACACAGAAAAAUGGAACCAGUACAGUUUCAGUUUCGAUUCAAAGCUUUAAUAAUACUCUAGAAAAUGACAACACAACCAAAGUGUGACGUGUGGAAAUGAUUUGUGGGUGAAACUUUGCUUAAGAAUGAUGUACAAAAUAUAUUUUUAUGACUGUAAUAUUUUUAACAUUAGUAACGUAAGCUCAA